UUGAUUGAUGUAUUGAUUUCUCCUCAGGUGUCCACGGCAGGAUGAAGCUUCUCACCUGAACCUCAGUAUGACAUCACCAGGCCACACCCCUUCCUCCUCCCCAUUCUAUUACCAUCAUAUAUUGUUCUGCAUUAGAUGGACACUCUAUCUCUGGCUGUGGAUUGCUGGACAGGUGGGCCAGGUGAGCUCCUCCCACCAGCACUUUCACCCCCACUCCAUCAAGAUCCCAGGGGACAUCACUCUGGGGGGGCUCUUCCCCAUCCACUCGCGUGGCCCCCAUGGUCUGCCCUGUGGAGAGCUGAAGAAGGAGAAGGGCAUCCACCGCAUGGAGGCCAUGUUAUAUGCUCUUGACCAGAUCAACAGCGACCCGGAACUGCUGCCCAACAUCACGCUGGGGGCCCGGAUCUUGGACACCUGCUCCAGAGACACCUACGCCCUGGAGCAGUCCCUCACCUUCGUCCAGGCGCUGAUCCAGAAGGACACGUCGGACAUCCGCUGCUCCAACGGAGAGCCGCCCCUCAUCCGCAGGCCAGAGAGGGUGGUGGGAGUCAUCGGGGCUUCAGCCAGUUCCGUGUCCAUCAUGGUGGCCAACAUCCUGAGGCUGUUUGAGAUCCCCCAGGUGAGCUAUGCGUCAACGGCUCCGGAGCUCAGCGAUAAUAACCGCUACGACUUCUUCUCCCGGGUGGUUCCUCCGGACUCGUACCAGGCUCAGGCCAUGCUGGACAUCGUCAGAGCUCUGGGGUGGAACUACGUGUCCACGUUGGCCUCAGAGGGGAACUACGGGGAGAGCGGAGUGGAGGCCUUCAUGCAGAUCUCCAGAGAGGCUGGUGGGGUGUGUAUCGCUCAGUCGGUGAAGAUUCCUCGCGAGCCGACAACUGUAGAGUUUGAUAAGAUCAUAAAACGUCUGAUGGAGACGAGUAACGCCAGAGGAGUGAUCAUUUUUGCCAACGAGGAUGACAUAAAGUGCGUCCUUGAGGCAGCGAAGCGUGCUAACUUGACGGGUCACUUCCUGUUUGUGGGGUCGGACAGUUGGGGCGCGAAAGGUUCCCCAAUCACCGAGCUAGAGGAUGUUGCCGAGGGCGCUGUGACGAUCCUGCCCAAACGAGCUUCAAUAGACGGGUUUGAUCAGUACUUUGUGUCUCGUUCUCUGGAGAACAACCGGAGGAACAUCUGGUUCAAUGAAUUCUGGGAGGACGACUUCAGGUGUAAACUGACCCGUCCUGGAAUCAAAGUGGACCCCGAGAAGAAGAAGUGCACAGGUGAGGAACGGAUCGGUCAGGACUCGGCCUACGAGCAGGAGGGGAAGGUCCAGUUUGUGAUUGAUGCGGUCUACGCCGUGGCCUACGCGCUGCACAGCAUGCACCUGGACCUGUGUCGCAGCAGCGCCGGAGUUUGCAGUGACAUGGACCCGGUGGAGGGGCGUCUGCUGCUGGACUACAUCAGAGCCGUCAAUUUCAAUGGAAGUGCAGGUACCAGUGUUUUGUUCAAUGAGAACGGGGAUGCUCCUGGACGUUAUGACAUCUUCCAGUUCCAGAUGACCAAUCACAGCCAUCCUGGUUACCACGUCAUCGGCCAGUGGACCAACAACCUGAAACUCAAUUUGGAUGAGAUGCAGUGGUCUGGAGGAGAUAAGUCCGUUCCGGACUCCAUCUGUAGUUUUCCCUGUAACCCCGGGGAGAGAAAGAAGAUGGUGAAAGGAGUUCCAUGCUGCUGGCACUGUGAGCUCUGUGAUGGGUAUCAGUACCAAUUGGAUGAGUUUACCUGUGAGACCUGUCCAUCAAACAUGCGUCCCGCCCCCAACAGAACCACUUGUUGUCCGACUCCAAUCAUCAAACUGGAGUGGAACUCUCCCUGGGCCCUAGUACCUGCUUCUCUUGCUCUACUAGGCAUCGUAGCAACGAGUGCUGUGGUGAUCACCUUCAUCCGCUUCAAUGACACACCCAUCGUCAGGGCAUCAGGGAGGGAGCUCAGCUACGUACUGCUGACAGGUGGGUACUACUACCGACGAGUACUGCUGACAGGUGGGUACUACUACCGACGAGUACUGCUGACAGGUGGGUACUACUACCGACGAGUACUGCUGACAGGUGGGUACUACUACCGACGAGUACUGCUGACAGGUGGGUACUACUACCGACGAGUACUGCUGACAGGUGGGUGCUACUACCGACGAGUACUGCUGACAGGUGGGUACUACUAUCGACGAGUACUGCUGACAGGUGGGUACUACUACCGACGAGUACUGCUGACAGGUGGGUACUACUACCGACGAGUACUGCUGACAGGUGGGUACUACUACCGACGAGUACUGCUGACAGGUGGGUACUACUACCGACGAGUACUGCUGACAGGUGGGUACUACUACCGACGAGUACUGCUGACAGGUGGGUACUACUACCGACGAGUACUGCUGACAGGUGGGUACUACUACCGACGAGUACUGCUGACAGGUGGGUGCUACUACCGACGAGUACUGCUGACAGGUGGGUACUACUACCGACUUUACUACUGACAGGUGGGUACUACUACCGACGAGUACUGCUGACAGGUGGGUACUACUACCGACGAGUACUGCUGACAGGUGGGUACUACUACCGACGAGUACUGCUGACAGGUGGGUACUACUACCGACUUUACUGCUGACAGGUGGGUACUACUACCGACGAGUACUGCUGACAGGUGGGUACUACUAUCGACGAGUGUUGCUGACAGGUGGGUACUACUACCGACGAGUACUGCUGACAGGUAGGUACUACUACCGACGAGUACUGCUGACAGGUGGGUACUACUACCGACUUUACUACUGACAGGUGGGUACUACUACCGACGAGUACUGCUGACAGGUGGGUACUACUACCGACGAGUACUGCUGACAGGUGGGUACUACUACCGACGAGUACUGCUGACAGGUGGGUACUACUACCGACUUUACUGCUGACAGGAGUCACAGCUGACAGUGGUGUUGAGUAUGAGGGGGGGGGGGGCUCCUCCUGAAGUCCACUGUCAUCUUCAGAGUUCUGAGUGUAAACAGCUCCAGGGCAUUGGUGCAGUCCCACGUGGACUGCAUCCUUUAGAGAGGAGAGCAGCUAGUUGUUGGUUCUCCAGCUUCCUGUAGGCCUUCUCUUUGGCCCGAAGUCCUUCUGAUUGUUGCUGUAUGUGCAGAAGGCUUUAGUCUGCACACACUGUCCUCACAGACACACACGUGCUGCAGCAUUCUGGAUCAACUGGAGAGGCUUCAGAGACGUAUAAUAAAGAAUCGCAUAUCUAGUCUAGAAGUAACAAACGCAUGAACUUGUUUUUCUGCAUCACUUUGUGACAGCAAGUUGAUUUUUGAUAUAUUACGUAGAUGAAAAAAGUUCUUGAGGUCUGCUGAACAUUGAAGGACACAUCCUGGUAUUUACAGUGCUGCUGGACACCAGAGAAACUACAUCACCAGACAGCUGACUGCAGAGUCAUUAUUCAAUGAGAGAAACAUAAUGUAUAAAUACAAUAAAAUGUCCAUAUCAAUUUUAUGGACUCAAAAGGUUCUCCUGAUGGUCCCACCCCACCAAAGAUUGCUGGUUCAAUAGAAUAUAGAAUAGAAGGUCUGGGGUCCGUUUCAAGUAGGAGGUUUAACAAACUCUGAGUUUUGGGUUUCAGAACAGCUGUUUGGAGUUGGUUCAAUCAACUCGGAGUGGGUUGACUCAGCACCAUCACAGUAUGAAGGCUGUUACCAUGGCAACCACCACAAACAAUAUAUUCACCUGCAAAUAUAAAUGCAAGCGUACGAGUAUGAAC